UAUCCUCCAUUUGGAGAGAUGUUUGGUUUAGUCUUACCCAACUCAAUUUUGAUCAUGGGUUCUUUUGUUAUAUGUAUAAAAAACACCGCCAUGCUAUCAAGUAUGCCAAGAAAUCAGCAGUGAGUUUAUACGUGAUCAACAAAAUUCUGCUGCUGCACAAUGGAACUAUUCGGAAAUUUGUUCUGAGUUUUUAUAGUGUUGGGAUACGUGCAAUUAGGUCCCGGUCUUAUGACUUCGACCAAUGGCUACAUUUAGUCACACGGAAAGGUGUUGAAGAAAUCUACAUUCGUUUUGACAAAGAAGCAUACAGGUUGCCAGGCUGCGUAUUUUCUUGCUCAACACUUAAGAGAUUGCAUCUUUAUGGUGUUGUUGUUGAACCAAUGAAUUUCCCUUCCAUAUUUCCUAAUAUUGCUUCACUUUGUUUUGAGAUGGUUGACUUUGGUCCUAUAAAUUCUCUAGAUUGUGCUAUUGACGUUCCUGUACUCGAGAAGUUGUCAUUUAUCCAUUGUUGUAACAUAUUUCAUUUUGACAUUACUGCUCCAAAGCUAUGUAGUUUAACAAUUGAAUUUUGCUCAUCUACUGUGAGGGGCAAAUUUCUCCCGGUUAACUUGGACUUGAGAUCUAUUUCUACUCUUGAUUUGGGUGGUCUUCUCCAGGGACUUAAAGAAUUCACUAGGAUGGGAUUUCAUCUUAAUGUGGAAUACCUUAAACUUUCAUGUUACCAAGAAUUCUAUACCAAAAGUGACGGAUCAUCUUCUGUGUUUGUUCAUUUGCUGCAAUUAUGCCCUAAGUUACGCAAACUCGAUAUCAAAUUGCCAUGGUUCGAUUCUAUGGCUACUAAACGUAUGGACAUCUUGUCAGAACUUCAUGCUGUUUCUCUAACAAAUAAGAUGCUCAAUGCUUUGAAGUUAAUGUCAUUCCAAGGGUUGCAAAUAGAAAAGCUUUUCAUUAAGGAGCUACUUUCCAGUUUAUCAACGCUUGAAAAGGUUGUCAUUGUUCGUGAGAAACAUUACAGAAAAAAGGACUCUACUGGAGUUAUGCAGGAGCUUUUGGAUCUUCCCUUUGCCUCCACAAAAAUGAAAAUUAUUAUUGUCUAGUUGAUGGAAUGAAAAGCCUAUUGGUGACGACAUUAUCCUGAUGUUUUGGAAGGAACGGCUUAGUUUGGCGCACACACAAAAUUCUCCACACCAAGGCCGGAGGAAUGAAAUAUUUUUUGUCAAGGCAUUACUUGUUUGCUUUCCUGCACUCUCUUUUCGAUACUCAAGAAGAUUGCCAUUGUUCAUAGCUAAAGUUUGCAAUCCUCGUCUCUUGGAAAAGCAAAAAUGAUUCUCAUCUUAUUGUAUUUUUACUAUUGAAAUCAAAUCCUUUUGUUUCCUUCUAUGAAUGACAUGCUCUAUACAUUUCGCUGCCAUGGUUAGUUUGUACAUAACUUUUGGAGAUAUUAUUAUUAUUAUUUUGACCAUGUUCCACCGUAUAACAAUUGGUUUUUUUUUG